AUGAAUUUUUCCUUUAUAACCAUUCUAUCUUUUUCGUCGUUCUUUUUUAAUAGUAAUAAUCCUGAUUGUUGUUUGUGGCAUUCUUUUGCUAUUAAUUUUCUUUCACCUGACAACUCAGGCUCAUUCUUGUUUUUCCAAGGGCAAUCCUCCUUGCAUGUACCGACUGUAAUACAAACUAUUCAAGCCAGAUCAUUGCAAUCAAACUUGGAGUCUGCUUCACCAAAACCAUCCCAACUAUGGAGAGUUGAACGCUCUUUUAGACCAUCAUCUUCACCUGCUCCUUCUCCAACAUAUAGAGGCCCUGUUACCAGUCCUGGCAGUAGUCAGUCAUUGAGACCUCAUCAUCAUCAUCAUCAUCAUCAUCAUUAUCAUCAUCAGAAGAAACCUAUUGCUGUCGCACCAUCCCCAUCUAUUGUUUCAGGUUGUGAUCAAAUCACUUGUGUGGAGCCACUUACUUCAACUCCGUUUGGUUCACCUUGUGGCUGUGUAUUACCUAUGAAAGUUGAACUUCGUCUAGGUGUAACUCCAUAUGAAUUCUUUCCUCUUGUUGUAGAGCUAGAGAUUGAGGUUGCAGCAGGCACUUAUCUGAAACAAAAUCAAGUAAAGAUAAUGGGUGCUAGUGUCGAUGUUCAAGAUCAAGGGAAAACGGUGGUAGACAUUAACUUGGUCCCACUGGGAGAGAAGUUUGAUAGCACUACUGCUGCACUAAAUUAUGCCAGAUUUUGGCAAAAGAAAGUGCCAAUAAAUGCAACUCUUUUUGGUGAUUAUGAAGUGAUAUUCAUCAGAUAUCCUGGGCUUCCCUCUUCACCACCAUUGGAGGAUUCCCCUGGUCCUGUUGGAAGUGGGGGUCAUAAAAAUCCUAUCAUGGCAGAUAUUCGUAGCAAGAAUCAGAAGAUGAAUGCUAGAACCAUUGCCAUUAUUGCUUUGUCUGCAUUUGUGCUCUUCUUGAUAUGCCUUGGCAUGGUCUCCAUCCUCUUAAAAUGCAAGAAAGCUGGAAGGACAUCAACAUUUGCUGGUCCCGCAACAGCAUCCUCCAUAAUUAAAAGACCCGGCACGAGGUCCAUUUUAUCUAGUGGUAUGGUAAGCUCAACAUCAGUGUCCCUUGUUUCCACCAUGGCUACUUUCCUACUCUCUGUGGAGACAUUUAGUCUUGCUGAUCUUGAGAAGGCCACGGAGAAGUUCAGUUCUAAGAGAAUUUUGGGUGAAGGGGGAUUUGGAUGUGUUUACCAUGGGAACAUGGAAGAUGGAACUGAAGUUGCAGUUAAGUUGCUCACAAGGGGUAGCCAGAAUGGAGACCGUGAGUUCAUUGCAGAAAUUGAGAUGCUAAGUCGACUGCAUCACCGUAACCUCGUCAAACUGAUCGGUAUAUGCAUUGAAGAUCAUACCCGCUGCUUGGUAUACGAGCUUGUUCCUAAUGGGAAUGUUGAGUCCCACUUGCAUGGUACUGACAAGAUUAAAGGGCCUCUUGACUGGGACGCUCGGAUGAAGAUUGCCCUUGGUGCAGCAAGAGGUCUGGCAUAUCUUCAUGAGGAUUCUAAUCCUCGUGUCAUUCAUCGGGAUUUUAAGGCCAGUAAUGUUCUCUUGGAAGAUGACUUCACCCCCAAGGUCUCAGAUUUUGGUAUGGCAAGGGAAGCGACUGAAGGAAGUCAACAUAUUUCCACUCGGGUUAUGGGAACUUUUGGGUAUGUUGCUCCUGAAUAUGCAAUGACGGGGCAUCUACUUGUCAAGAGUGAUGUCUAUAGUUAUGGGGUUGUGCUGCUGGAGCUUCUUUCAGGAAGAAAGCCUGUAGACAUGUCUCAACCGGAGGGACAGGAGAACCUUGUGACGUGGGCCCGGUCCCUACUGACUAGUAGAGAAGGCCUAGAGCAGCUGGUGGAUCCUUGCUUGCGUGGAAACUAUGACUUCAAUGAUAUGGCAAAGGUGGCAUCCAUAGCUUCAAUUUGUGUACAUCCAGAGGUGGCUCAAAGGCCUUUCAUGGGUGAAGUUGUGCAGGCUCUGAAGCUCAUCUACAAUGACACAGAUGAGACCUGUGUGGAUUGCUGUAGUCUGAAGGAGUCGUCUGGUCCUGAAUGUGAGUUUAAUGGAGACCCGGGCCCUUCUGAUAGCAGUUGGUGGAGUGCAGGUGGGAUUACUCCUCACUUGACAUACGGCUAUGCUUCUUCCUUCGUUACAAUGGAGUACAGUUCAGGUUCACUUGAAGAAAUAGAGAACAGACCACUUUCAACUUCUAGUUUCGUUGGGGAAGGAGGGCCAUCAUCAAUGAGACACAGCAACAGAUCAGGUCCCUUGAGAACAGUCCGCAGCAAACCAGCCUUUUACAGGUUGAGGAGGGGGAGUAUUAGUGAGCAUGGGGGACUUCUUUCAAGGCGUGUCUGGAGUGACGGGUAUUGGGUUUGAGUCUUCUUUCUACACUAUUUUCAAGUGUACAGUUCCAAAGGAGCCGGCUUUUCCAACUGCUUGAUUAAUGUAUUGCAGUAGGUAGUGUUGGUUUCCCUGGUCAUGGGGGAGAUAAGAGCCAUGGCUUCUAAUUUUAGAAUUCUUGAUUCAUUACUACAAAUGUCAGAAAUGUAAUUUGAACAUUCCCUGUAUUAUAUGUCAGUUGAGUGCUAAAAAAUGUAAGUGGUUGUUUUCUUU